AUGGACCACAAGCCAGGCGCGGCCGUCCAUGAGCCGUUGCUCCCGUCGCCGUCGCCGCCGCCGCCGGGCAAGGCGGCGUCGGCGGAGGCGAAGCGGCUGAUGCGGCUGGCGGGGCCGAUCGUCGCCAGCUGCGUGCUGCAGAACGUCGUCAACAUGGCGUCCGUCAUGUUCGUUGGCCACCUCGGCGAGCUCCCCCUUGCCGGUGCUUCCUUCGCCACCUCCCUCGCCAAUGUCACGGGCUACAGCCUUCUCACCGGCAUGGCGACCGCGCUGGACACGCUUUGCGGCCAGGUGUUUGGCGCGCGGCAGCACCACCUCCUCGGCGUCUACAAGCAGCGCGCGAUGGUAGUGCUCGGGCUCGCCUGCGUCCCCAUCGCGCUCGUCUGGGCGUACGCUGGCCGGAUCCUGCUCUUCCUCGGCCAGGACCCGCAGAUCGCCGCGGAGGCCAGCGCGUACGCGCGGUGGCUCAUCCCGUCGCUCGCCGCCUACGUGCCGCUGCAGUGCCACGUCCGCUUCCUGCAGACGCAGAGCGUCGUCCUGCCCGUCACGGCCAGCUCCGGCGCCACGGCGCUCUGCCACCUGAUCGUCUGCUGGGCGCUGCUGUACAAGGCCGGCAUGGGCAGCAAGGGCGCCGCGCUCAGCAACGCCAUCAACCUCGUCAUACUGGCACUGUAUGUGAGGCUGUCGGCCGCGUGCAAGGACACAUGGAAUGGCUUCUCAUGGGAGGCGUUUAAGGACCUGUGGAGGUUCACCGAGAUUGCUUGGCCGUCUGCCAUGAUGAUCUGCUUGGAGUGGUGGUCGUUUGAAGUCCUUGUGCUGCUGUCCAGUCUUCUGCCAAAUCCUCAGCUGGAAACUUCAGUCCUAUCAAUUUGCCUAAACACUGGGGCUCUGCUCUACAUGAUACCAUUGGGGCUUACUUAUUCCAUAAGGUGCCCUUCCUCACAUAGCACUUCAGAAUCUGUGCAUAUUGAGCUUUUAAAAAGCCAAAAGUGA